AUGGACAUUCCCAUACCCGAUCAAAUUCCUUACACGGGUGAGGAAGGAGGUCCUAAGUUGGAAAACAUUGCUGCUGCUUUACACUUACCGAAGGCAGAAAUUAACGAGGUUUGGAUUAAUAGAAGAGACUAUUCUGGGAUACCUGUGGAUUUCUUAUACGAGAAAGCCAAGAUUCUAGCUAAAGCCUUAAGCAUGGAUGCUUUGGAAAGUGUUCUAACUUUGCUGAUAUAUGGACAGGUUUUGUUUCACCGUUGCGACAAAGUUGUUGAUAGGGUUGCUAUUAGGAUAUUCCUUAGCAAGAAUCCGGUUCCCACCCUACUUGGUGAUUUAUUGCAUUCCAUCAAUGCUAGAGUAUCAAAAAGACAAGGUUGUGUUCUCGGAUGUAUUCCCCUUCUACACAAGUGGUUUAUUUCGCACUUGCCUCGAUCAGUGAUAAGGAAUGAAGAAGGUUUGACUUGGAUUCAAAGAAUUAUGAAGCUUUCGUACGAUGACAUCAUUUGGUAUCCAAAGGAGUUCGAAGGGAUCCAGUUAUUCGACCGUUGUGGGGAAUUCCCUAAUGUGCCUCUUCUUGGUACUCGAGGGGGAAUCACUUACAACCCUAUUUUAGCUCGACAUCAGUUUGGUUUUGCCUUGAAGGAUAAGCCACGUUCUAUAUAUCUCAGUGCUGAAGACUUCGAUUAUGGUUCUGACACCGCCGGAAAAAAGGGUCUUUUUAUUAAAGCUUGGUCAGAAGUAUGGAAGGUGGGUAUAAGAGAUUUGGGAAGGAGAAAUUACAUCCCUUCAGAUCUUUAUUUCAAGUGGGUUUACGACCGGGUUGUUGAAUUUGGGAUACCAUACCCAUCUGAUACACCUGUGGUCCCAAGGAUUACUCCUCCCGUUGCUCCUGCUGUGUUUGAACUGUAUAUUCCUUCCCCAAAUGAAGACCUUACUACAACCGUCAACCAAUUGAAGAGAGAAAGGGAUGACUACAAGAGACGCUUGCAAAAAGUUGAGGCUGAAAAAGAAGCAUUGAUAGCGGAUGCUAAAGAGAAAGAGGUUUUGCUUGACUACUUUUCCCGCAAGUGGAAGGUUGAAGAUUUCGUCUCCCUAGAUCAGAUCAACUCAUGGGAGCAAGAGAUUUCUAGACUUGUUCAAGAACGGGGAGAAAUGAUCAAGAGCCACAAGGAAGAGGUCAGAGUUCUGAAGAGGAAAUGCCGCCAAGAAGACAAAGAUCCUAGAAUUUAG